CGUGUUCGUCUCCGACGUAAGCUGUCGAGGGCAGGGGCUGGAGCUAGCUGCCUUAGGUGUGUGUUCUCCAGGCGCCAGACACCUUCCAGUAGAGGCCAGAGGGACAGGACCAGCAAAGGAAAAGCAGGCCUUAUUCAGGCUGUCAAGCAUGAUCUUUAAGAUCCUCUUUGUGGCAGAGACUGCUAGCUCUGAGAAGAACACAAUUCGUUCUCCUCCUGCACCUGGAGGCGGCUCUCAUUUCCCAUGGGACCGCGCUCCAGCCUGUGGAACGUGAGCAGGUCGUGGUUCUCUGUGUUGUUGCCUCUUCCGCUGGCUGGCUGGGCACCCUGAGGUGGAAGCUGGGGAAAGCAGAACCGUAGUGGAAGGAACCUGGAUCCCUGAAUAACUGUGUGGAAGAGAGUUGUCCACCAACCUGAACCUUCCUCCUUACCUUGAUACUCUUACGUACGCAAGAAAUAAACUGUUGUGUUAAGUUUGAUUCUACUUGUUACCUUCGUUUCACCGACUAUAACAACACUAUUUACUCCAGGAGGCAGUUUCUGACUGUUCCAGUUCACUUGGAUUAUCAUUUAUUUCUCCGAAAAUUCUAUGAAUCAUGGUGUCAUGGAAAGGGAUUUACUUUAUACUCAGUCUGUUUUGGGGCAGCUUUUUUGGAAGCAUUUUCAUGCUGGGUCCCUUUUUACCUUUGAUGUUUGUAAACCCAUCUUGGUAUCGCUGGGUCAACAACCGCCUGGUGGCAACCUGGCUCACGCUUCCUGUGGCAUUGCUGGAGACCAUGUUUGGUGUAAAAGUGCUUAUAACAGGCGAUGCGUUUAUUCCUGGAGAAAGAAGUGUCAUUAUCAUGAAUCAUCGGACAAGAAUGGACUGGAUGUUCCUGUGGAAUUGUCUUUUGAGAUAUAGCUACCUCAGGUUGGAGAAAAUUUGCCUCAAAGCCAGUCUCAAAAGUGUUCCUGGAUUUGGUUGGGCCAUGCAGGCUGCUGCCUAUAUCUUCAUUCACAGGAAAUGGAAGGAUGACAAGAGCCAUUUUGAAGACAUGAUUAAUUACUUUUGUGAUAUUCGUGAACCACUUCAGCUCCUCAUAUUCCCAGAAGGGACUGAUCUCACAGAAAACAGCAAGGCUCGAAGUAAUGAUUUUGCUGAAAAGAAUGGACUUCAGAAAUAUGAAUAUGUCUUACAUCCAAGAACUACAGGCUUUACUUUUGUAGUAGACUGUCUAAGAGAAGGUAAGAACCUUGAUGCUGUCCACGACAUCACGGUGGCAUACCCUCACAACAUUCCUCAAACAGAGAGGCACCUCCUCCGUGGGGACUUCCCCAAGGAGAUCCACUUCCACGUCCACCGAUACCCGAUAGACACCCUCCCCACGUCCAAGGAGGACCUCCAGCUCUGGUGCCACAAGCGCUGGGAGGAGAAGGAACAGCGGCUGCGCUCCUUCUAUCAAGGGGAGAAGAAUUUUUACUUUACUGGACAGACUGUCAUUCCACCUUGCAAGUCUGAGCUAAGGGUCAUGGUGGUCAAGUUGCUCUCUAUUCUCUACUGGACCCUGUUCAGCCCUGCAAUGUGCCUACUCAUAUACUCAUACAGUCUCGUUCGCUGGUAUUUUAUAAUCACCAUUGUCAUCCUCGUACUGCAAGAGAGAAUAUUUGGUGGACUAGAGAUCAUCGAACUUGCAUGUUACCGUUUUUUACACAAACAGCCACAUUUAAACACAAAGAAAAAUGAGUAAAAUUAUAAGGUUCACGGUGUAACAACCUAGGGAAUACUUUAGAAAUGUUGUAAGCCUUUGUAAACUGAGAUGCAUUUUUGCAUGACCACGUCAGAUAUUUCUUACUACCAUCAUUAUUCGUUAAAGAUAUUUCACACUUAGUUUUGUGGAAAAAUAUUGCUACACAUGAUUUUUUUUUUUUAAUCUCCGAAUGUAAUUUCAAUAUGCAUAGCAGGGAGCAAUCGCUGUGAAAUAAAUAACUCGGGACAGAGUAUUCUUAAACGAUCAUCAGGCUACUCACGGACAAGGCACACACAAGAUUUUCUCCAAGGCCCAAUCCUGUUUCCUAACAAGAGGCGGCUCUGGGGCUCCUGAGCGAGCGCUGGCCCUUGACUGUGGGGGUGAGGGCCCUCCCUCCCGGCCCCCUUCUUCCCGAACUCCUUUCUAUGCCUAGCACACCAUUGCAUCCUUCCUUAAGACCAGAAACCAGAAAUCUCUUGUCCUUAAACUGACCAAACAUUUUGAUAGGAAGCCCUUCGUUAUUCAGAAAAUCUUGGCUUUUCGCCUUGCACUGACCGAGGCAUCAGAAGACCACCUGUGCCCUUUUUUCACGUGGAAAAUAAGACCUGGACGUGUCUCAGGGAGCAACCACAGGCUCUCCACUUAGAAACCUUCGUUUGAAUUUUUAAAGAUAGGAAUUACUACAGUGUUUUUCUUCACUUCUACUUAAUCUUGCAUGUUUCGUGCUGGUUUCUUUACAGCUUGUUGGCAGGUGUAGCUUUUUCUACAUUAAAAACAGUGAAAAGCCACUUACUUUUUUUAAAAGAAAGCGUAGAACAUUCUGUUACUGCAGUCAGAAACUCGCUUGUGAAGUUCCAUCUUUUGAAAUAUUUCUUUAAAACCUGCCCCAAAAAGGAAGGUUAGUGCACUUUCUCCAUGUACACGGGUCUCUAACUUCUACCAUUAAAACACUAACAACAAACAGGCAGUGAUGAUUUAUCCUAAAUUAUUUAACCAGUGUAGCCUUGACAUAUUUUACUCUUCAAACCAAAAUAACACAAAAAUGAGUUUGUUUUUUAAUGAUAGCAAGGGGGGAGCUCACUCUUUUUCAGUCCCAGGCUUCCUCUUUCAAUAGUACAAUUUAAACUCAUUUUUGACUAAUUGUUGGCCUAAAUAUUCCUGUCAUUUAGUGGAAAAUCCAGCACACCAACACUCUAACCUCCUUCUGAGGCACAGAACGUGUGUGGUCAUUGUUUCCACUUUACCGAAGCUGGGCGCUACUCUGUCCUGUAAUGAGGCUGCUGGUCAGAGCAGCCGGAAGUGUGAGGCAAUUAAAAGUCUUUAGCUGUUAGCAAGUCUGUCUGCUUUCCUCCUGCUUUGAACCAGCCUCAAAAGCUAUUUAUUGUUUUAUGUCCUCUUUGGGCAUGAAUGCCUUCUCCUUAAUUACAUCUCCUUUUUGCUCCACAGUGACUUUUACCCAACAAUGGAAACCUGCAUUGUCACCAGUGGCAGGUAGGCAGGGCGGGAGCUGAACUUACCAGCAGCUUCUUGGACACAGAACUGGUUCCCGCAGAGCGCUGUUGACACACAGUUCUGUUUGGGAGAGUAGGAAGCAGUUCCUCUGCCGAAAAGCACCAACCUAUAUUUAACUGCUCCCUCAAGGCUGCUUUUAAUCCUGCCAGGAGCUACUAAUUAGCCAUUAUGUACAUCUGUUGCAAACCCAGCUGUAUAACUAGUUUUUAAGGGUGUUUUUUUUUCCCCCUUAAUAAAGGAGAUUUCUAAUUUAGGUUUCUCUCAGACUUCCUUUGGUUAUAUUUGGAAACACAGAAAUAUAACAGUUAGGAUUGCAUUUGUCCUGGGCAACAGAGAAAAGCUGGCUUUCCCCCCCCCCCCCCCUCAGGUGUUUAUACUGUAGCAUCACUGCCCUUCCUCCGACUUCUCAGAGCUGGUCUUCAAGGUGUAACAUAGCCUCUUUAACUCUCUGAAAGUUGUAAAAGGGGAAAUCUUUUUUCUUUCCUUUUGAAAGAUGUUUUCUUUUGACCAUAAAAACAUUUAAGAUAAAAUGGAAACUUGUUUUUACCUACCCCAAAUUCAAAAGCACUAAAACUGGGGAAUAUAGACACUAUACUUGCUUUUAAGAAUUAGAAACGAUAACUUCAAAAAGAAAAAAGUUGCUUAUUUGUGUUUUCUUACACAUGGGUGUUUUUCUUAUUUAAAAAUAUUUUAAAGAAAUAUACAGUUAAUGAUCCGGAACUUAGAACUAUCUAAAGUUGGUAUCAAAAUGUCAGGCAGAAAUUAAUUCAGCUUCAGUAUUGGGAUUGGCCUCGGGAAUGACCUCCACACCGUCCCACGUCAUCACUACACUCAGAGCAGCUGCCAGACACACACUUAACGCCCUUUCAGCCCUUUGAAGGUAAACUCGAUGGACUUGGAAAUGUUUACAGUGCUGUAUGUCCAACUGUUAAAUCUUUACCAUUCAGAAACGUUUUAAAUAAAGCAAGUGUGGUUUAUACAGGACAGGAGCCAUUCUACUUAAGAUGGGAACCCACAAGGAGAGGCACUGAAUAAUUAGGUCACAAGUUCUUCCACCAGACAUCUUUGUUGAAACAAGCCAAAGUAAUUGUGAAAUUCAGAAGAAGAAUAUGGUAAGAGACUAAAAGAAAAAUAAAUGUUAGACCAGGCGCAGAAUUUAAAACUCCUAAUAAAAUUGUUCCUUGUUUGUUAUACCAUUAAAACAGACUGGGGGUAAUAACAGUUUCCACUUGAGUCGCUUCCACAGCGCCAGUCAGAAACCGUGCAUGGGAGCAAGACUGAGUUCUGCCGCAAGGGGGAGACAUUCUCGUUUCACCUGAACUGCAAACAUCUUGUCCCUGACCCCGUGCACUUUUACGAUAGAGACUCUAAUGGAGGGAGCCUGUUGGUAUUAAAUUGUUUACAUUUCUUUAUAUAAAUAAUGUGCUUUCAGUGCCUUAGUUACGGGUCCCUUUCUUUUUCUUGUUCCACGAAUCCUGGAAUGUGUUUCUUAGGUAAAAGUCUCUUUUUGCUACUCACUGGGAGUGGUUUAUAAACCACUGGUCACUGGGGUAAACAGUACUUUGUGAUGACAUAAGAAGAGAGCUUGAUGCUGAGACAGCAGUUGCCUUAGAGCUAUUAUUGAUGCUGUGGAGAGAACAAAAAUGGUUUCGUCACAUGAUGAGCUUCAGAUUAGAUAUGGCCCUAAAGUUGUCUUGUACCGACCUUAAAUUUUUAUUUCAGGAGAGAAUCUUGGUUUUGGUAAUUUAUUUUUAAAAAAUCAUUAUGUGCAAAAUACCAAGUUUUAAAAAUAACUCACAGAAUGGCCUUAGUUUUCAAUGUCCACUGGUAUGUUUGUGAGUUGUGUUAUCUGUAAUAUAAAGCCCUGAAUAAAGUGAAAUGAAUUAAGUAGAG